AGAAAAUCAGAAUGAAGGUCACUCCUCCUUAUGGUGGAGCUAAAACACUGGUUGAACCUCCAACUCAAGAGGGUCUUGUGUCCUUCGAGGAGGUGGCUGUGUGUUUCUCCGAGGAGGAGUGGUCUCAGCUGGAUCCUCACCAAAAAGCGCUGCAUUGGGAAGUCACACUGGAAAAUUGUCGGAACGUGGCCUCUCUGGGUAAUAAUGGGCAGGAGAAUAAAAAUUCCAGUGAGCCAUCCCAAAUGAUCAGGCAUAGAGACAGAUUGGAGAAGCCUGCAGUUCAAAUGGAAGUAGGAAGGCAUGAGAGAAACCAGUCAAAUAAUUGUAAUAAGGAAAGCUCAUCUACCAUCAAUGCUCAGAUGCAAGUGUUUCUUGCCCAACAAGGAAAAGGAAAGAGAAAAUGUAUUGGGAAAAGUGUAAGACCAUUCAAAGGCAAAUUGGAUGUAAAUGAAGACUAUCUAACCCAAACCCAAGGAGAAGAUUAUAUAUGUCAAGACAAUGGAAAAAAUUACAAUAGGACUUUCCCUCUUUCUUGUGAAAAUGGCUCCCUUACAGCUCAUAAAAGGAUCCACGCAGGGGAGAAGCCAUAUAAAUGCAUGGAGUGUGGAAAGACCUUUAUUGGAAGUAAUCAACUUACUCGGCAUAAAAGGAUUCACACAGGGGAGAAACCAUACAAAUGCAUGGAGUGUGGAAAGACCUUUAAUGGGAGUGGUCAACUUACCUGCCAUAAAAGGAUCCACACAGGGGAGAAGCCCUAUAAAUGCAUGGACUGUGGGAAGACCUUUAUUGAGAGUGGUCAACUUACUCGCCAUAAAAGGAUCCACACAGGGGAGAAGCCAUAUAAAUGCAUGGAGUGUGGAAAGGGCUUCCGUGACAAUGCAUCCCUUAAGGGACAUAAAAGGAUCCACACAGGGGAGAAGCCAUAUAAAUGCACUGAAUGUGGAAAGACCUUUAUUCAGAGCAGUCAACUUACUUGCCAUAAAAGGAUCCACACAGGGGAGAAGCCAUAUAAAUGCAUGGAGUGUGGAAAGACCUUUAUUCAGAGCAGUCAGCUUACUUGCCAUAAAAGGAUCCACACAGGGGAGAAGCCGUAUAAGUGCAUGGAGUGUGGAAAGGGCUUCCGUGACAAUGCAUCCCUUAAGGGACAUAAAAGGAUCCACACAGGGGAGAAGCCAUAUAAAUGCAUGGAGUGUGGAAAGACCUUUAUUCGGAGCAGUCAACUUACUUGCCAUAAAAGGAUCCACACAGGGGAGAAGCCAUAUAAAUGCGCGGACUGUGGAAAGGCCUUCCGUGAUAAUGCGUCCCUUAAGGGACAUAAGAGGAUCCACACAGGGGAGAAGCCAUAUAAAUGCAUGGAGUGUGGAAAGACCUUUAUUCGGAGCAGUCAACUUACUUGCCAUAAAAGGAUCCACGCAGGGAAGAAGCCAUAUAAAUGCAUGGAGUGUGGAAAGGGCUUCUGUGACAAUGCAUCCCUUCUGGUCCAUAAAAGGAUCCACACAGGGGAGAAGCCAUAUAAAUGCAUGGAGUGUGGAAAGACCUUUAUUCGGAGUAGUCAACUUACUUGCCAUAAAAUGAUCCACACAGAGGAGAAGCCAUAUAAAUGCAUUGAGUGUGGAAAGACCUUUAUUCAGCGUAGUCAACUUACUUGCCAUAAAAGGAUCCACACAGGGGAGAAGCCAUAUAAAUGCAUGGAGUGUGGAAAGAGCUUCCGUGACAAUGCAUCCCUUAAGGGGCAUAAGAGGAUCCACACAGGGGAAAAGCCAUAUAAAUGCAUGGAAUGUGGAAAGACCUUUAUUCGGAGAUGUCAACUUACUUGCCAUAAAAGGAUCCAUACAGGGGAGAAGCCAUGUAAAUGCAUGGAGUGUGGAAAGACCUUUAUUCGGAGAUCUCAACUUACUUGCCAUAAAAGGAUCCACACAGGAGAGAAGCCAUAUAAAUGCAUGGAGUGUGGAAAGACCUUUAUUCAGAGCAGUCAACUUACUUGCCAUAAAAGGAUCCACACAGGGGAGAAGCCAUAUAAGUGCAUGGAGUGUGGAAAGGGCUUCCGUGACAAUCCAUCCCUUAAGGGACAUAAAAGGAUCCACACAGGGGAGAAGCCAUAUAAAUGCAUGGAGUGUGGAAAGACCUUUAUUCGGAGCAGUCAACUUACUUGCCAUAAAAGAAUCCACACAGGGGAGAAGCCCUAUAAAUGCGUGGAGUGUGGAAAGACCUUUAUUCGGAGCAGUCAACUUACUUGCCAUAAAAGGAUCCACACAGGGGAGAAGCCAUAUAAGUGCAUGGAGUGUGGAAAGGGCUUCCGUGACAAUGCAUCCCUUAAGGGACAUAAAAGGAUCCACACAGGGGAGAAGCCAUAUAAAUGCAUGGAGUGUGGAAAGACCUUUAUUCGGAGCAGUCAACUUACUUGCCAUAAAAGGAUCCACACAGGAGAGAAGCCAUAUAAAUGCAUGGAGUGUGGAAAGACCUUUAUUCAGAGCAGUCAACUUACUUGCCAUAAAAGGAUUCACACAGGGGAGAAGCCAUAUAAGUGCAUGGAGUGUGGAAAGGGCUUCCGUGACAAUGCAUCCCUUAAGGGACAUAAAAGGAUCCACACAGGGGAGAAGCCAUAUAAAUGCACUGAAUGUGGAAAGACCUUUAUUCGGAGCAGUCAACUUACUUGCCAUAAAAGGAUCCACACAGGGGAGAAGCCAUAUAAAUGCGCUGAGUGUGGAAAGGCCUUCCGUGAUAAUGCGUCCCUUAAGGGACAUAAGAGGAUCCACACAGGGGAAAAGCCAUAUAAAUGCAUGGAGUGUGGAAAGGGCUUCUAUUGGAGUAGUAAACUUACUCGCCAUAAAAGGAUCCACACAGGGGAGAAGCCAUAUAAAUGCAUGCAGUGUGGAAAGAGCUUUGUUGAAAAUGGGUCACUUACUGUACAUAAAAGGAUCCACACAGGGGAGAAGCCACAUAAAUGCAUGGAGUGUGGAAAGACCUUUAUUCGGAGCAGUGAACUUACUCGCCAUAAAAGGAUCCACGCAGGGGAGAAGCCAUAUAAAUGCAUGGAGUGUGGAAAGGGGUUCCGUGACAAUGCAUGCCUUAAGAGACAUAAAAGGAUCCACACAGGGGAGAAGCCAUAUAAAUGCAUGGAGUGUGGAAAGACCUUUAUUCAGAGCAGUGAACUUACUCGCCAUAAAAGGAUCCACACAGGGGAGAAGCCAUAUAAAUGCAUGGAGUGUGGAAAGACCUUUAUUCAGAGCUGUCAACUUACUAACCAUAAAAGGAUCCACACAGGUGAGAAGCCACAUAAAUGCAUGGAGUGUGGAAAGACCUUUAUUCAGAAUGGUCAACUUGCCCGCCAUAAAAGGACCCACACAGGGGAGAAGCCACAUAAAUGCAUGGAGUGUGGAAAGACCUUUAUUGAGAAUAGUCAGCUUACCCGCCAUAAAAGGAUCCACACAGGGGAGAAGCCAUAUAAAUGCAUGGAGUGUGGAAAGAGCUUCCGUGACAAUGCAUCCCUUAAGGGGCAUAAGAGAAUCCACACAGGGGAAAAGCCAUAUAAAUGCAUGGAAUGUGGAAAGACCGUUAUUCAGAGCAGUCAACUUACUUGCCAUAAAAGGAUCCACGCAGGGGAGAAGCCAUAUAAGUGCAUGGAGUGUGGAAAGGGCUUCCGUGACAAUCCAUCCCUUAAGGAACAUAAAAGGAUCCACGCAGGGGAGAAACCACAUAAAUGCGUGGAGUGUGGAAAGACCUUUAAUUGGAAUAGUCAACUUACUUGCCAUAAAAGGAUACACACAGGGGAGAAGCCAUAUAAAUGCAUGGAGUGUGGAAAGACCUUUAUUCAGAGUGGUCAUCUUAUUAACCAUAAAAGGAUCCACACAGGGGAGAAGCGACAUAAAUGCACAGAGUGUGGAAAGGGCUUCCGUGACAAUACAUCCCUUAAGGAACAUAAGAGGAUCCACACAGGUGAGAAGCCACAUAAAUGCAUUGAGUGUGGAAAGACCUUUAUUCAGAGCAGUGAACUUACUUGCCAUAAAAGGGUCCACACGGGAGAAAAGCCACAUAAAUGCAUGGAGUGUGGAAAGACCUUUAUUUGGAGUAGUCAACUUACUUGCCAUAAAAGGUCCAACACAGGUGAGAAGCGACAUAAAUGCAUGGAGUGUGGGAAGACCUUUAUUCGGAGUAGUCAACUUACUUGCCAUAAAAUGAUCCACACAGAGGAGAAGCCACAUAAAUGCAUGGAGUGCGGAAAGACCUUUAUUCAGAGCAGUCAACUUACACGCCAUAAGAGGAUCCACAUAGGGGAGAAGCCGUAUGAAUGCAUGGAGUGUGGAAAGGCUGUCAGGAGGAGCAAUAAUCUAAAUCUCAUGCACAGAUCCAUUUGGGUGAGAAUUCAUAUAAAUUCUAGAUUUAGUUAGUUAAAUCUACGUAUUCCCUAUUUAUGUAUACUGACUAGGAAAAGAAGGUUUUUUGAGUCUGACCCUCAGAAUCAUAAGCCCCAGAGCGAUGAAUUGACCAAUGAAAACAAAAACAAUGGAACUUUGGUUCGUUUUAAUCAUGAAUUGUGGAUUUUUGGAGGUACUUUCAUUUGAAGGUGGCCAAAGCUAUUCCACAUCAAUAAGAGAAAAAAAUAUUUUUUUUCUUAAGUUUCUAUUCAUUCCAGUUUCCACUUGGGGGUCAAAUCCAAGAAAACAGCCAUUCUAGGCAUCUUAAAUUCUGGGCUGUGCAAUUUUAUGACGCUGUUGUCUUUAUUGUGUUUUUACAAGUGAGCUUCCUGCUCCCCAGUUGUUUGUUCUUCCCACUUGAUCAUGGUUCUGGGAGGGAUGUGGACAGGCAGACAUUUAACAGGUGGUGAAAGAAGUGCAUCUCUCUGAUGCAUCCCUUCAAGACCAAGUUUUUUUCGUGUUGCUUCCACUGUAGCAGACCUGCAGACAGAAAUUCAACUGAUUCACAGUCACUUCCCAGCACUUAAACAUCCUUCUUUUGCCUAGUCUUCUUACAAUUGUUUCCCCCUCCCUUUCUCAUUGCUUAAUGCACUCACAGUUUAUCAGAGGGCCCUACACUUCCCUGUCCUCGCAAAAAGUUGGAAAGGGUGCACCAGAGAGAUUCUUGAGCCUGAGGUAAUAUUACGAUCCAAAGGGAACUCAAGUUCCAUCAAAGUAUACAGAUUUAGAUGGAAUGUGACAUUGAAUUGUUUCAUUGAAUAAUCGUGAUACUGAAGUAAAAGUGACAACUAA